GACGAGGAGGACUACAUGUCAGAUUAUUUCAUUGACAAAACUACAGAUGUCAGGCCUGGUCUAACCUCAGCCAGUGUUGCCAAACUUAACAAAAACGAGCGGAAUUCAAAAUUAAUGAAUUCACUGAACAAGGAACGACACAAACCACUGAAUGUCAUUCAGCAAGAGAAGCGAGAGGAAGGUCUUCAGAGUGCCAUCCCAAAGUCAAACAUCGGUUUUCAGUUACUUGAAAAAAUGGGCUACAAACAAGAUAGGGGUAUUGGAAAAUCAGAAAAUGGCAUCAAAGAGCCAGUCCCUCUGAACAUAAAAUUAGACAGGAAAGGGUUAGGACAUGCAGACAACAAAAGAAAACAAAAGUCGUCAAGUCAUCGAGAACAAGAGGAUCAACUUAAAAGGAUGAAACUUGAAAGUCAGUGGAGAAACAGAAUGAGGGAAAGAUGGAAUGAUAAAGAAAUAAACAGGGAUUUGAGGAGGAGUCAAUCUGUGUGUGAACGAUUAGAUAAAAAUAGUCCAACGGAAAAGCUUGAAAUGAUAACAGAAUACCUAAGGCUAACACAUCACUACUGUGUCUGGUGUGGAAGAGAGUACAGCGGUACCGACGAUUUGAAAGCCAAUUGCCCUGGAAACAACGCCUCCGUCCAU